UCUGGAAGCGAAAAGAUGGCGACCGCUGAGGAAUCAUUUGUCCCCGGUGUUCACUUCCGGCAAGCUGAAAGAAAUGUUCCGCCUGAUCCUGGAGUGUUCCAAUCAUCUCGAGGAGUACUUGGGCACGAUGGUCGAAAAAGGCGAGCUGAUCAACGCGAGAGAGCUGGCCUCCAAAUUCACCACCGACGUGAUAGGAAGCUGUGGCUUUGGAAUCGAGAUGAACUCACUGUCGGAACAGGAGAGCGAAUUUCGACGGGCCGGCAAGGACAUCUUCUCCACCAACUUCUUCAGAAUUCUGAAAACCAAAUUCCACGAAAUGCAGCCGUGGUUGCACACACUUUUCGUUCGUCUUCUGCCGUACGACAUGCCAACGAAACUGUUCAUAAAGAUCACCAGCGAAACGUUGAACUACAGAGAGAAGAACAACAUCGUCAGGCCUGAUUUUAUGAACAUCCUGAUGGAGCUGAGAAGGCAUCCCGAGAAGAUAAACAUCGAAUUAACAGACGAAUUAUUAGCCGCGCAAGCAUUCAUUUUCUUCACGGCUGGCUUCGAGACCUCUUCGACGACGAUUAGCAACACUCUUUACGAGCUGGCUUUGAACCCGGACAUUCAGACGAAGCUGCGAGAAGAAAUCAAACAAUUCGAGGUGAAAAACGGCGGAGAGUGGAAGUACGAAACGAUAAAAGAAAUGAAAUAUUUGCAUAAAGUGUUCCAAGAGACGCUAAGGAAGUAUCCACCUCUGGUACUUUUGAGCAGACUAUCGACCGAAGACUACACGUUCGACAAUACGAAAAUAACAAUUCCCAAAGGCACGUUGAUCUGGAUACCCGUGUUUGCCAUUCACAGGGACCCGGACAUCUAUCCGGAUCCAGAAAAAUACGACCCCGAACGAUUUGCGGAGGACAAUUUCCACGAGAUCCAACCUAUGCAUUAUAUGCCAUUUGGACACGGGCCAAGAAAUUGUGUGGGUGCACGUUUCGCAUUUUAUCAAACGAAGAUUGGACUGAUAAAAAUCUUACGCAAGAACAAAAUCGACGUUUGCCCUGAAACGAAGAUUCCGUAUAAGUUAAAUCCAUUUUCGUUUAUUUUGACACCUUCGACUCCGUUAAGUUCAUUAAAAUACGAAAUGACUUGUAAAAACGGAGAAAAGAAGAAAAACAGGAAAAGAAUCUGUAUACAAGGUCAAGAAGUGCUGAGUUAUAAUAAUGGAGACGUGAGGGGACUUGAGCUGCUUCAAAAUACUGAUGUUGAACCCCUGAAAUAACCAAUUAAACAAAAUGGCAACCACGUUGGAAAUAUUAAGCUACAUAGUAGUGUUGCUCGUUCUGCUGUAUUAUUACUUCACGGCGAAGUUCAACUUCUGGAAGGAUCGAUCGGUUCCUGGACCGAAACCAAUACCAGUGUUUGGAAAUGUCUUCUGGCCGACGAUCGGCAAACUGUCGCUCGCGGACUUUUUAACGAGCCUAUACCGUGAAUACAAAAACGAGCCUCUCGUCGGGAUAUUCGUACGAAGGACACCUCAUCUCAUUGUGCAGGACACCGAACUCAUUAAAGACGUUCUUAUUAAGGAUUUCCCGAUAUUCGCAAAUCGCGGAUUUCUGAUGCACGAAGUGGCAGAGCCGCUGUCGCAGCACCUGUUCGCCUUGGAAGCAAAAAGAUGGAGACCAUUAAGGGCGCAGCUCUCACCGGUGUUUACGUCCGGCAAGCUCAAAGGAAUUUUCACUCUGAUUCUCGAGUGCGCCAAACACUUCGAGAAUUAUAUGGACACACUGGUGAAGAAGGGGGAGCCUAUCGAGGUGCGAGAAGUCGCAGCCAAGUACACCACCGACGUGAUCGGCAGCUGUGCCUUUGGAAUCGAGAUGAACUCACUGUCGGACGAGGAGAGCGAGUUUCGCCGAAUGGGCAAAGAGAUCUUCGCCACCGAUUGGAAAGGAAUGCUGAAGUUCAGGAUAAAGGAAUGCAUAGGUGAACUGUACAAUUUACUUGGUUACGUCCUCCCAGCGGACAAGGUGAACGAGUUCAUCAUGAAGAUCACUAUUGAGACGCUAACGUACAGAAAGAAGCAUAACAUCGUCAGGCCUGAUUUUAUGAACACAUUGCUGGAGCUUCGGAACAAUCCCGAAAGAGUGAAGGAUAUUAAGUUAACCGACACGUUGCUAGCCGCACAAGCGUUCGUCUUCUUCGCGGCAGGUUUCGAGACUUCAUCCACCACGAUCACGAAUGCUCUGUACGAAUUGGCGUUGAAUCAAGAAGUGCAGAAGAAACUGCGACAAGAGAUCAAGGAAUUCGAUCAGAAAACUGACGGCCAAUGGAGAUACGAGACUAUAAAGGAGAUGACAUAUCUGGACAAAGUACUUAAAGAGGCACUGAGGAAAUAUCCACCUUUGGCAUUCUUGUUCAGAGAAGCAACGGAUAAUUACACGUUCCGGUCUACGAAAGUGUCAAUACCGAAAGGCUCGAGAGUGUGGAUACCGAUAUUCUCCAUACAAAGGGAUCCAGAUAUCUAUCCAGAUCCAGAGAAGUUCGAUCCUGAGAGGUUCUCAGAGGAGGCAGUAAAAGCGAGGAAUCCCAUGCACUAUUUAUCAUUCGGCGAUGGUCCAAGAAACUGCAUUGGUGCACGUUUCGCGAUUUAUCAGACGAAGAUUGGGUUGAUAAAAAUCCUGCGUAAUUACCAGGUGCAGGUUUGCGAGAAGACACCGAUUCCGUACGUGUUCGAUCCAAUUGCGCUUAUAAUGUGCCCGAAAAGAGGAUUGUAUUUAAAGAUAGUCAAAAACGAAAUUUAAUUCGUUGAUCCGUUAGAAGCUGGCGUUAAAAUGCAGUUUUUUCUAUCAAUUUCUAUUAUCAAGUUGUAUCUUAUCAAUGUUAGGAAUAUGAGAAGAAGUUUCAAAGACUUUAUUAAUACUUUUUCAUCGCUAUGUCGCCACUUGUACCCCCAUCCAAAAAAUUCAGGACAUGUUGUCAAAGUGAGAUUUUAGAAGAAGAAACAAAGACCUCUUGGAUAAAUUUUAAUUUAUUGAACUUUGAAUAUCAAUCAAAAAUAAAUACAACUAAGCAUAAAGUCGCAUAAAAUCGUACAUCAAGUUUUCGAUGGUCAUUGUAAAGGAAAGGUUUGAAUCUUCAAAUCCAUUGUAGGUUUAAUCGUUAAAAAAAUUUUUCAACGUUUCCCCGUUUUCAUGUGACAAUUUAUAGAAUUUUUGAGAAAAAAAAAAUUUCUUUAUUUUAAAACAUUUUAAAAUAAAACGAAGGAUGUAUUUGGAAAGUAGAGGUUUCAGGCUUUAAAACGAGACCAGAUUUACUCUUUUAAACUAUGAAUUUUAGUCUAAAUAUUUACUGUCCCGAAUAUGAACGAGAGACACUGUAUAAAAUCUAUAUUUUCUUCUUCCAAAUAUAUUGAAAUAUAUGAAAAAUAUAGGCGAUGUUUUUUUCUAAAUUUAUCCACCAAUGUAUCAAUGAAUUAUUCUUACACUUUAAUUCACAAUCUAUGUCCAUGAAGAAAGCUAAUUAAUUAAUUAUACGGUUUAGAUUGGGACAAUAAUUUUCACAAGCUUGUUUCCAUUUGUAUACUAGAAAUCAUUCAAGUCUCACAAAAAUACACUAUGUUAUAAAUGUAUAAAAUUUCAGUGGAAAAUUAUGAAUUGAUUAUUUUCACUUUGGUUGUCCCAAUAUUAAUCUCGUAUCGGAUCUAUUUAUAUAUUUUACUAAAAAUCAUCGCCUGAAAAAUGCACUGUUACAAAUAUAUAAAAUUUCUAUGGAAAAUGAGAAAUUCGUCGAAUUUACUGGUACCAAAUUAAUCAAUCAGUAUCAAAAUUAAUCAAUCAAAUCCGUAUUCCUUUCAUGAGAUAUUUCCACUGAUCAGGACUGUCAGAUCAUAAUGGUCAAAGCGACAUUGCGUUACCUUCACCAUCAUUGUAAUCUAUCUAAUCUGAAAUCAUCAAAAGAUGAUGUGACGUCACGUGUUUUCGACAUGGAGGAAUUUGCUAGAGGCGAUUAGAGUGGCAGGAAAAUGUACUUAUCUCUACGAUACGGAAACUCUGCUGUCCAGAGUAUCAGUGUCAGUUGUGAUUCAACCACGAUAUGUAAUAAAUCUGGCAGACAAUCUUCGUUCGUAAUUUGGAGAAGACUUCGUUGUGAAAAAUCUGAUAUAUAGCAUGGAUUACUUUCAACUUAUCUGCGCCAUUGGCGCGGUGCUUUUGGCACUCUACUACUACUACACUUCGACCUUUGACUAUUGGAAGAUUCGCAAUGUAGUUGGGCCGCGACCUAUUGUAUUGGCUGGCAAUUUAAGCGAGAUCCUUUUCAAAAAGACGUCGAUAAGCGAUAAACUGAGACAGAUGUACGACGAAUAUAAGAACGAGCCGGUGUUCGGAAUAUUCGAGGGAACGAAACCUGUUCUCGUUAUUAACGAUCUAGACCUGAUCAAAGACGUUCUCAUCAAGGACUUCUCCCUGUUCGUCGACCGAGGAUUUCCUAUAUUUCCAAAGGCAGAACCGCUGGGAGAGCAUCUAUUCGCCCUGGAGGCAGAAAGAUGGCGACCAAUGAGAACGAAACUCUCGCCGAUAUUCACGUCGGGCAAGCUGAAGGAGAUGGUCCCCCUCAUGCUGGAGUGUUCGAGGAAUCUGGAGAGAUACGUGGACAAAGUGGCGCGUGCCGGCAAGCCGGUAGAAUGCCGUGAUCUUGCUGCGAAGUUCACGACCGACGUGAUCGGCAGC